GGCAACGAGCGACGCAGAACAAUACACAAAAAAACCGCAGACUUGAGUUUUUGUUUCUGCCUGCAGCCUACCAGCGGGCGCCACUGGUGGCUGCUUGAAAUGGCCCUAUGGAAGCUGAAUUAAUUUUCGUAGUGCAUUCUUUUGAAUCCUAUGAUUACUAUGAAACUUUAUGUCAUCGCCUGGCAUAAAUUCAAAAUACUAAUUUUUACACGUUUAUCUAUGCUUUUAUUGUAUUAUUUUAAUUUCCAGAAUGAAAUAAGUGUUAAAUGAAUUUUAGGUAUGACUAAAGACGCUCGUUACUCGCUUCUUGCUCGGCGGCCAUGUCUGAAGCUCGCUUGGACCUUUGAGAGUUCGUGUUGUGCUAUUCUUUGUUGUAAUAAAAAAGACAGUGGUUUUUGUUGCUGGUAGACAAUGAAUUAGUAAUAUACUUAAUGACUAUGAACUUUGUUAAAUGUGGAGUGUUUGAUGUAGUCGAGCAAAUCGAUAGAAUUUGUUCUUGCAGAAGUUACUCCAACAUCGUAUUUUUAGUUCAUCCGCCAUAUUGGCGUUAAUAUAUCUUCUUUGGACUGGACCAAGUGACCAAGCGAAUUGUUCAGCUUCCUACAGACAUCAACAAUCCUGCAUAUAUGUGCAAGGUCUAAAAAUAAUUAAAUGAACAGAAUGAAGUAAACAUAGGUGCGUACGCACCACAAUAUAUUAUGAUAGAAUGGUUAUAUGUUAUAAGAGGAUAUAGCUGAUGCCUCUUAGCCAGAAAGUGGAUGAGCCUCUUGUUACAAUUGAGGUAGAUUGCAGACUCCAGCACAAUGCAGCAGGCAGUCGAUCCUCUUGCUACAACAAGCACUCCGUCGGCGGAACCCGUGAACGGGACGCCCUCGGACGAGGCUCCGCGUCGACAAGGCCGAGUGACCAAUCAGCUGCAGUUCCUCCAGAAGAACGUAAUUAAGGCCGUGUGGAAGCAUCGAUUCGCAUGGCCUUUUCACCAACCCGUGGAUGCAAAGAAAUUAAACCUUCCUGAUUACCACAAAAUCAUUAAGAAGCCUAUGGACUUGGGCACCAUCAAGAAACGCUUAGAGUCAAACUACUAUCAUUCAGCUCAAGAAUGUAUUCAGGAUUUCAAUACAAUGUUCACGAAUUGUUACGUCUACAACAAACCUGGAGAGGAUGUAGUCGUAAUGGCGCAGACUUUAGAAAAACUGUUUCUAAAUCGGAUAGCGCAAAUGGACAAAGAGGAAAAAGAGCUUGAAUCGCCAUCGAACAGCAACAAAAGCGUGGUAAAGAAACGCACGGGUAGCUCGACUGGCGGCACUGUGGCGGGCUCUGCGCCGUCCGGGCCGGCGGCUAGCGCCCGGGCUACCCCCUCCACGCCCGCCAAGCCGGCCGCGCCCGCACCGCUGCCCGCGUUCGUGGGCUCCACCAACACCACCACAACGCCAACGUUGAGUGCGCCCGUUGCUACGCCGCCCGCCACACACACGGGCCUGCCGCAGCAGGUAGCGACGCAACCUUCAAAUUUCCAUGUGAACCAAGCGGCCGCGCAACCGGUUCCAACAAUACCGGCUGUCACGCUGUCACAGACCCAACCCGCAAAGGUGAAAAAAGGUGUGAAAAGAAAAGCUGACACAACGACGCCUAUGGGUAGCUCAUUUGAAGGCGGCUAUACAACCCCUACUAUCGACCAACAGAGCGGACCUAAGCCGGCGAAAAUUUCAACAAGAAGGGAAAGUGGAAGACAAAAGAAGGUGAGUCGAGUGGUUGAGGAUGGGUUUAAAAUGGAUGGUCUAUCGCCGAGCGUGGGCGGUGCGGGCGCGUCCCACGCCUCGCUUACGCCGCAGAUGGCAAAGGGCAAGGAGAAGCUCUCUGACGCGCUUAAAAGCUGCAAUGAGAUACUCAAGGAGCUAUUUUCCAAAAAGCAUUCGGGUUAUGCAUGGCCGUUUUAUAAACCUGUGGACGCGGAAUUGCUAGGUCUACAUGAUUAUUUUGAUAUUAUUAAGAAACCUAUGGACCUUGGGACAGUCAAACAAAAGAUGGAUACUAGAGCUUACAAAACGGCUGCAGAAUUCGCAGCGGAUGUUCGUUUAAUAUUUACGAACUGCUACAAAUAUAAUCCGCCCGAUCACGACGUGGUUGCGAUGGCUAGAAAACUUCAAGACGUUUUUGAAAUGAGAUAUGCGAAGAUUCCCGAUGAACCAAGUCAUGUAGGAGUGCCACAUAUAGAUAAAGGAAGUUCUGCAUCUAGUUCAGAAUCGGGCUCGGAGUCAGACACAGAAUCAGACGACUCAGAGGAAGAAAGGAACAGGGCAGUGAAAUUAUUAGAAAAGGAACUUCUUGCGUUACAAGAAAAGAUGAGAAAACUUGUCGAAGAAUCAAGUACCAAAAAAAAGGCGAAAAAGAAAGUUAAAGAUAAACAGAAAAAACAAAUCACAAACAGUGCAAUCCCUAAAACAAAUGCUGUCGCUACGUACAAUGCUAAAGCUAACAAUAUUGGCGAAAACUUAGCGACGAGCGGAGUCCGCGGUAAGACUGGCAGCAAGCGCGGCGCUGGUGGCGGUGGGGGUGGGGUGGCGGCGGCGGCAACGGGUGGUGCGGGCGCGGUCAAGGCGGCGGCUCGCGGCGCGCCUGCCAAGAAGAAGAGCUCCACGCCCACGGCUGCGCCACAGCAUCACACCCACCACGCGCCACCGCACCACGCGCACCAGGACUCCGAGGAUGAGGACCUCGCCAAGCCCAUGUCCUAUGACGAGAAGCGGCAGCUCUCGCUCGACAUCAACAAACUACCCGGCGACAAACUCGGAAAAGUAGUUCACAUAAUUCAGAGUAGAGAGCCUUCACUAAGGGACUCCAAUCCGGAUGAAAUCGAGAUUGAUUUCGAAACAUUAAAACCAUCUACGCUUAGAGAGUUAGAAAGCUAUGUAGCAUCCUGUCUUCGGAAGAAAACGCAUCGAAAGGUGUCUGGUAAAUCUAAAGAUGAACAAAUGGCUGAAAAGAAACAAGAAUUAGAAAAACGGUUACAAGAUGUAUCAGGGCAAUUAGGAACGCAUAAGAAACAACAACCUAAAAAAGAAGGCUGCAAGGACGGCCUCGGCGGCGGCAUGUCGUCGUCGUCCAGCUCGUCCGACUCGUCCAACUCAUCGUCCAGUACUGACACCAGCUCGUCCGACAGCAGCGACAGCGAAGCAGGCACCGGCUCGGGAAAGCCUUCCAAGAAAAAGGUCAAAAAGCAGGCUAAUCAGCUUCCAUCACAAACUAAAACUGUACCGCCUGUCAUAGUAAGUGCACCACCCGCGCCCGCUCCCCCGGUUGCGCCCGUUGAGCCGCCACCGCCCGCAGACGUUAAGCCAGCAGAAGUUCCAGAACCGGCGCCGUCGCCCCCACCCACAGUCAAAAGUCAACCCGCCCCGCCUGCCCCGACAGUCACUCCCGCUCCCGCGCCCGUGAUCCCACCCAUCGUCAACGUUCCUGAUUCUUCAAACGUAUCCGUUCUAAGGGAAGUGGAAAGCCCGAAACCUCCUGUAAAAACGGAACCACGGAACGGACUCGACAAAGUGGAUGCUUCACAGUACAUUGAUCCCAUCGAGCGGUCACUGGCCAGUCUCGAGCGGAGUCUUCAAGCCGACGUACCUAUGGACGUAAGUGUUGGCGUGUCUGAGUCGUCGAUGCGCCUCGAUGAGUUCGCGCUGCCUAAACCGGCAAUUGUACCUGAUGUGGCUCACCAUACCUUGAUGGCUCAGCUGGGCGGGCUAACUGAUAUGACGCAUGUUUCGGAGCAGAUUAAGAACGAAAUGUACGUCCCGCCCCACAACGGUUUCGUGGAAAAAAACAUGCAACACGAACGCGAGAUGCUAAGGCCAGACAUUAAUACUAACGUGCCCAGUAUGACGACGAGUGCACCAGCGACCUCUAUCUUCGAUCCUGUGUACUCAGCGCCAUUGGCUCAUUCGGUGGUCGCGCAGUCCCACCAGAACAUGAACGUGGCCAAUGUGAUGCCACCGGUGAUGAAGAAAGAGGAAGUUAAACCGCUGUUGACGCCGAAGCCUAUCGAAGACCUCAUGGGGCCGAACGUGGUGACGAACAAUAUGACUGAUAGAGUCAAAUACGAAAUGGAGAAAAAGGCGGCGGACGAUAACAAAAAUUCUAAUUUUGCUCAAGCCUUUAAACUGAAACAGGAACAGAAUUUGAAGAAUGCUAGUUCUUGGUCGUCGUUGGCCCAAGCUGGUAGUCCACAAAGUAUACCCAAUUUGGGAACCAACAAUCAAAUUAAGCAGAAACCUGUCAUGGACACCUUUCAAGCAUUUAAGAAACAGGCUCGUGAAAAGAUAGACAGGCAACGAGCGCUUAUAGAGCAGCAGGAGCUGCGAAAGAAGGAACAAGCGGAAAGAGAGAGACAACGACAAGAAACAGAAAGGCGGCACCCUGAAGAGGAAAAAAUGAGCGCACUGUGCAGGGUGGGCGUGAGCGCGCGCAAGCCCGAGAGCGCCGAGGUGUCGUCGCCGUCAGUGUCGCCAGUAGCGCGUGGCUCGCCACCCGCCGCGCCUGCCGCACCCCCGCCGGCCGCGCCCGACAAGCCGCCCGCAUCCGAGCGAGAGCGCCUGCGCCAACGUGAACAGGAGCGGCGGCGGCGAGAAGCGAUGGCUGGCAUGAUAGACAUGAACAUGCAAAGUGAUAUGAUGGCAGCAUUCGAAGAGUCGCUGUAAUGUGUCACGCGGACAUUAUAUUUAGUUGUACAUACGAGUAUAUAAAGUAAAUUUAAUGUCAAUGCAAUCUAUACAUAUAGUGAUAGUGUGACACUGGAGUGACUUGUGAUUGUUUGUGUGUGAACUGAUGACUAACAUGUGGUUAAGUGCUGUGAAUAGAUAUACUUAUUAUAAAUUAAACUGUUGUAUCAUCAAUCUUGACUUCGUGAAUGCGUGCUAUAGGCCUUUACAAGGGGGUUGCAUUUUGACAUAAACUGUAUUAUAAUAAGUUUGUAUGCAAGUUCUUGAUGUAAACUCUCUUUACAUUCGUAAGCCUAUGAUAUAUUUAUAUUUUUGUUCUAGGAGCGUCUACCUUCCAAACUUGUUUUAUAUAGUAUGUACUAAUAAAUAGAAUGGUAGUAUUUUAAAUGCAAAAAUCAAAAAAUAUUUUAUUUUAUUGAUAAAUAGACAAUCAAUUUUAAACCAUGGAAAUCUGUUAUUCUUCAAGUGCUGUGGCAUUGUACGCCAGCGUAUGGUACGUACGAGUCGCCGGCGUACAGUGUGCCAGCGUGCGUUAUGUAUUUAAUAGUAAAUGGAAUUUCUGUUACGUGUUCGAUUUUCGAUAAAUAUUGCUUAAUGUUAGUAGAUUUUUUAUCAGUCUGUCAACAGCAAAACAGAUCAAAUGUCAUACAUUUGAUUUGAAAUAUAUUUAUUUUACAUUGGAAUAUGUCUUUUUAUGUUUUGUAGUUAGAUAACUCCAGUGGAAAAUGUAUUAAAGUAUUAUCGGAAUUCAACAUACUCAUAAGUUUAUGGUCUCAUGCCAUAAGUAAUAAUAUGGUACCAUCCCAUUAACAAAAAUUGUAUUAUAUUAAGCAAAUUAUAAUUUCAGCCAUUCUGCAGACUAAUAAAAUAAAAAUGUAGAUAUAAAGUAAAUAUAUUGACAUUCCAUAAUUGUACUGUGUUGUUUAAAUUAAUGUAUAAUUUUUUAAAACGACAUGUAUAAAAUCUUGGAUCCAUACAUAUUCUAUCACAACUAAUGGAUAAAUCUUAUGUCUACUACAUUUAUAAAUUGGAGAAAUCAUUUUCUAAAAUUUAAUUCAAAUCUAUUUGUUAUAAAUAAAGAAACUACUGCUGGGCACAUCAAGGAGCCUUUUUAUCCUUAUAUCUUGUGUAAGUAUUAGAUAACUUAACCCACAAACUAUAUUAGAACUGCUUAAAAUAUAUUUUGCAGCACAAAAAUAAAUAAACAACAUUAUUUCAAUAAUUCUGAACAACAGAAAGCCCAUUACACAUCAUUAACGCCUCUUAUAUCGAUAUGUUCGGAAAAGUAUUUUUAUGCCAAUAUUUCACAUUAGUUGUACACAGUAGUACACACAAGUUUAGUAGUGAAUUGCUGAGCCAUUUAAACCAUGAUUAGCACACAAUACAGACUUGAGUCAAAGUAAAAUGGA